AUGUCAGAAUUUUACACCAACAACCUCAAAAUCAUCCACAAGUACUUCUGCUAUGGAGUAUACCACCCUGUGUUUUGGUCUGUGGUGGCUAUAGUAGCGACGGUUGUUGUCAAUUUUUCGCAGCUUUUUCACUUGGCAGUCUACGGCAAUGCCGAGUUUUUGUUUGCAUCCGACUACAUAGUCGAUCUUGUCCAGGUAACGGUAUCGCUCUUGUUCAUCACCAGAUUCUCCAUGGGCCAUUUUUUCGGUCCCGUGGGUGAAACUAUUUUAUUGCUGUUACAAAAUAUUGGUUGUGGUCUUUUGUUGUUUCAUCACCAAUAUUCUUUGGUCUACACUCCUAUCAGUACCAUAAUCAAGGUGUUUGUCAUUUGCCAAAUAGCUUGUCCCUAUGGUAUCAUAGCCAUCAACAUAGUUAGCGACUGGUGCAAAGAUGAUGACGACAAGACACCAGCCAACUAUCGAGAGUUUGUCAUCGAUACAAAUAACAAUUUUCUUCCCAUUUUCAUGGGCCAUUCGUUCCUUUGCAUCAACUCCAAAUUUCCGUUUGCAGUAUGGCCCGUGUCUGUGACCAUUUACAAGUUGGCCCAAUUGGCCAUAAAAUUCUAUUGCAUCCAUGUGUUUUGCCUUUUUGAAAUGGUGUUGAUCCGCCAUGAUAUUAUUCUGGAAGGCUUGGCGCCCGACUAUGCUGAGUACUAUACCCCGGUGGUUUUAGGAGAAAUCAAGCAGUCGGCACCAAAACAUGUACAAACCACUCUGAACAAUUAUUUGUUAGUUGCCAUGGCAACUAUUUAUGCAUUUGAUGUUCUCUUUGUGGUUAUUAGUAUAUAUAAUGCUUAG